GAGAGACACACAGGCACACACAUAGACAGGCAGCCCGAGCACAGACACUGCCUCGGGGACAAAGGCACCAGUGACCCCCACAGCCCACUCCCUGCUUGGAUUACACCUCCGCUGGCCCGGCUCCACAUGCCCUGGACAAGUCUGUGCUGAGCUGGAAUGUCCCUGUGCAGGUAAAGAAUAGAGGCAUGGAUAUCACAUAACCCACACUAAGUCAACGAGGUGAACUGUGAAAUUUUUACAAAUGCUUGUUUCACUGCAAAACAGUGUUGACAAAACCAUGGAUGAGUCAGCCUUGCUGGACCUUCUAGAGUGCCCAGUGUGCCUCGAGCGACUUGAUGCCUCUGCAAAGGUUUUGCCAUGUCAACACACGUUCUGCAAGCGCUGCCUUCUUGGCAUUGUAAGCUCCCGGAAUGAGCUGCGUUGCCCGGAGUGCAGGACUUUGGUGGAAUGCGGAGUGGACGAACUUCCUAGUAACAUUCUACUGGUGAGAUUGCUGGAUGGGAUCAAGCAGAGACCUAGAAAGCUUGGGGCAGUGGGCAGCACAGGAAAUAGCACAAAUGCAUUACGAGCACAAGGAAACGUUACUACUAAUUGUGGCAUUGGGGAAACGCAGAGUACUGCAGGUGGACAGCAAAGAAUACAAGCACGGAGCCCUCCGGUAAGGGGUGUACCUCAAUUACCCUGUGCCAAAGCUUUGUACAACUAUGAGGGGAAAGAACCUGGAGAUCUCAAAUUUAACAAGGGCGACAUCAUUGUCCUCCGCAGACAGGUCGAUGAGAAUUGGUACCAUGGGGAAAUCAAUGGAGUCCAUGGAUUCUUUCCAACUAACUUUGUGCAGAUCAUAAAGCCUUUACCUCAACCUCCACCUCAAUGCAAAGCACUUUAUGACUUUGAAGUUAAAGACAAGGAAGCAGACAAGGAUUGCCUACCUUUCUCGAAGGAUGACAUCCUUACCGUGAUCCGCCGGGUGGAUGAAAACUGGGCUGAAGGAAUGCUAGGAGACAAGAUAGGAAUAUUCCCCAUUUCUUACGUAGAGUUUAAUUCAGCGGCUAAGCAACUGAUAGAGUUGGACAAGCCCUCAAGCUCAGGAGGGGAUUCUGGGGAAGGCUCUUCUGGGAUAGCACAUAGCAGCAAUUCUCAAAAGCACACUGAUUCCAAGAAGAACACCAAAAAGCGUCACUCCUUUACUUCUCUCACCAUGUCCAACAAGUCCUCACAGUCUGCCCAGAACCGCCAUUCCAUGGAAAUCAGCCCACCUGUACUCAUCAGCUCCAGUAAUCCCACCGCUGCCGCCAGAAUAAGUGAGCUCACCGGUCUGUCUUGUAGUGCCCCAUCUCAGGUCCAUAUCAGUACUACAGGGCUCAUUGUGACCCCACCCCCUAGCAGCCCUGUUAUAAGUGGGCCUGCAUUUACAUUCCCACCGGAAGUCACCUACCAAGCUGCUCUGGGAGAUCUGAACCCCCCUCUUCUUCCACCUCCACCCUUGGCUGCUGCUGUUAUUAACCCUGCACCAUCUGGUGCAACGUCUUCUACUGCUGGCCAGAGAACGGCUAGUGGUCCUGUGGAGCAAGUUACCCACUUGAGGCCAACCAGUCGUCCAAGUGUGUAUGUUGCUAUCUAUCCUUAUUUCCCGCGUAAGGAAGAUGAACUGGAACUACGGAAGGGCGAGAUGUUUUUGGUGUUUGAAAGAUGUCAAGAUGGCUGGUUUAAAGGAACAUCCAUGUACACGAGCAAGAUUGGAGUGUUCCCUGGAAACUAUGUAGCACCAGUCACCAGGGCGUUAACAACUGGCACACAAGCAAAAGUUGCCGUAUCAACUGCAGGUGCAAGUGCUCAGAUAGUGAGUAUGGCCACUCCUUCCCCUGCUGGAGCGCCCGGCCAGAAACUACAAGGCAAUGGUGUUGAGUUUAACAAGGCUGUUAACUCAAAUGGCAUGCCACCUGCCAUCACAUCAGGAUCUCACAUCCAGACCAGCCCACAGUCUAAGGUCCUGCUGCACAUGAGUGGCCAAAUGACUGUUAACCAAGCCCGCAAUGCUGUCCGGACAGCCGCUGCACACAGUCAGGAGCGACCGACAGCCGCAGUGACCCCUAUCCAGGCUCAGAAUCCUUCUUGCCUUAUCCCAGCCGCUGUUGUCAUCCCCCACCAAACCGCACCUUCUCAGCAAAAUUCUCCUCAGCUUUCUAGCGCUGCUUCCUAUGUAAAUGCCGCCAUGAAUAUCAGCAGGUCAAAUGUGCCAAUGUCUACAUCAAACUGUUCCAGCAUUGCCACUGCCUCUUCGGAGGGAGAUUGGAAGCCAGGGUGUGGAGUAUCUGGAUUAUCGACAACUCCUGAUAACUCCUCCGCUGCUUCGUGUUCACCCGCUGCUAGCAAGCAAGAUAAGGACAGCAAGAAAGAGAAGAAAGGUCUACUGAAGUUGUUGUCAGGAGCAUCUACCAAAAGAAAACCUCGUGCUUCUCCACCACACUCCCCUACUCAAGAACUGGAACAAGCAACUCCAGAGGCAGCCCUUGAAGGUGCUGUAGGUCCUGACGUUCUCUCAGCUACUAACAAUGGCAGAGCAACUUCCUGCACUGUGGACAGUGAAGCGGUAUCUUCUUCUCUAGCACCAGAUUCACGAAAAAUAAAUAUGGUGGAUCCUAAUGUUCCUAUAGCUCCACCACCAAGACAGCCAUGCUCUUCUCUGGGGCCUGUACUAAAUGACUCUCGACCUGUUGUUUGUGAAAGAUACAGAGUUGUGGUGUCAUACCCUCCUCAGAGUGAGGCAGAGCUGGAAUUGAAAGAAGGAGACAUAGUAUUUGUUCACAAAAAACGUGAGGACGGCUGGUUCAAAGGCACUCUACAACGAAGCGGCAAAACCGGAUUGUUUCCUGGCAGCUUUGUGGAGAACGUUUAACUCUUUAGUUGCCAAUAGAACACAAACAUAUCAAAGCUCACAGUGCAGCUGGAAGACAUUCGUUAAUCCCUUCAAAGCGCAAACAUACAGUGGCCCUGCUGGACUUAUUGAAAUACACUACUAGAACCUAAACACCACCCUCUAUCUAGUCAAGAACAAGCAUUUUGGACAUGAUUGCAGCAUUAGCCGACAUUUUUUUUCUUGCAAUCAUCCCCAGUUUAUUUUUAAUUUUUUGUUUCGCUCCAUGUAUUUGUGCCUUGUAUUGUUAAGUUUAUAAGUCUACCCCUUUAAUAAGAAAUAAAACAUUGUUUACAAGGUGUUAGCUAAUAAUUUAUUUGCUUCCUUUUGUACUGUACAUUUUAAAUCCCUUUUAAGAUAGAUGAAACAUUUUAAAUUCUAAAUGGAACAGUUUAUUAAAUUAUGGAAUGGAGCCGAAAGAGAAGCUGGAUUCUUUUCUCUUAUAUCGAAGUAGGCACCAACGUUCUCUCCUUCUUUCUUUUUCCCUUUUAUACUUCCUGCUUUUAGUAAUGAUUGUUCCUAGUGGUUUAAUGUAAUGAAUGUUGUCUGUAGCAUAGCAGUGUCACAUUGUAAGAUUGAACCUGGGAGAACAGGAAGAGGAUGUAGUAUGUGUUUGUUUUCCAUUGUGUGUACAUGUUGUAUAAUUUAGUGUGUACAUGUUGUUUAAUUUAGUUUCUGUACCCGUAAUAUAAUGUAUUCAGGUAGUAUACCAUUAAUUGGCAUGACACAGCACAAUAAAAUGUAUAACCUCUGGGUAUAACAAAUUACAAUUAUGUCAAUAACGAGCAGGCUUUAAAUCAUCUUAUUAUCUUGGCGUCUUAACCCCUUCACAACUAAAAUAAAUAAAUACAGGCUCAAGGACAGAAAAAGACUGUUUAUUUGAGGAUAGAAAAAGACUGUUUAUAUUUGUAUCGGAGCCUGCGUGAGUAGCCACCAUUAACUGUCUGAAAUGAGGAACAGAUAAAAGUUGCUCAAUAUUACACAAACUAUUUAAACGCUUUGUUGCGCAGACUUUAUCAGGAUAUUCUAGAUUGCGAUCAACUGUGAGUUAACACAUGUUAAAAAAAGAUUCCUAUUGGGUAGUGUUCUGUAUAAU